UGGCAUUUAUUUUUCCGCCUCUCCAUUUUACAGACUCCGUUUUUUAUGAGUGUUUACCAAAUUACGAAGGAGAUAAGUAGCAAGAUCCGGCCAAAACCGGUACCAAAAUGAUGUUGCAGCAGCCAGAAGCGCCGCAAAAGGGCCUGGCUGUUCCCACCUACGGAGUGACCAUCGUGAUGCUGAUCAUUGGGCAGAUGCAGGUGAUUGCCGUGAUUGAGAUCAAGACCUUCAACGAGCUGCUGGGGACACGCUACGGUCUCAGCCUGGCCCAGUUCUUCGUCAGCUUCCUGACCAUCCAGCUGUACGGGUUCUUUUACCGCAUUAUCGUGAGCAAGCCAAAGUGGGUGCGGUUCCUGGCUGGAGCCUGGACGUACCAAAUCAACACCAUUUCCAUUAUGAAGCCCACCAAGCGUGCCCCGUACUUUUGCCUCCUGAUAUCCGCCGCCAUUACACUCCUGAUUAUGGUGAUCAGCGUGACCUAUGGCCACAUCGCAAUCAACCACAAGAGGGGUCUCUUUAUCUCGCGGCACAAUGUGAUCCUGUGGAGCGAACGGAUAUUCGUGCUGACAUGCUUCGGGAUCAUCGUCACCGCCGAGAUGAAGCGCACCAUGGUGGAGCUGCCCUGCAUGAUCAUUUAUACGUGUCUGUCGAAUGUGUUCGUGAUUGUCUUUGGCGCCUCCGUCAGGAGGCCGCACUUCUAUCACGACGAUGCCCCCGGAGACUACAUACUGAUCGGGCAGCUGUACUAUCUGAACUUCUUUGCCCUAUACAUGAGCUAUGUGUGGACGCUGGACAUGAUCUUGGAGGUGUCUGAAUGGAAGAUGUCCAACAGGGCCAUCGUUUCCCUUUUUUACUCUGAGUGGACUCCCGGAACCGGAAGGCAUGAUUAGCAGCGACUUUUGGAAUACUUUCGGACAAAGUGGACUCUCGUUGGUGGAUUCAAAUUGGUUGUGUGGAAAUUUUUA